AUGGCGGCCAACCUCCAUUCUCAUUCUUUACUCAUCAAAAUCAUAGCCAAUUUUCUCAUCUUCUUCACCACCAUCAUCACCCUCUCCUCCGCGGCUCGAACCUUUGAGAACCCGACUCGAAAUCGCCAUUACCGCCAUCACAAGCUUUCGUUUUCAAUGAGAGAUGUAUUCAAUUCAACAACUCAUCACUACUCUCCAACCAAAUCGACAACGAUAACUAACAAGCAGUUACCGUUUUCAAAACCUUUAGACUUUUUCCCUCCCAAUAAAGGCAUUCCUAUAUCUCAAACUUACCCUACGACUGUUGGAUCAUUCUCUUCUCAAACACCUGAUUUUUCAACAAUUGGAAUAUCAUUUCCUUCGAGAUCAACCCUCCAAGAGUUGGAAUAUGGAAUGGUGAGAGGGAUUGAUGAGGAGUUGUUUGAGAAUUCAAGGAGUAAACCUCACAUAAUUGGGAGAAUAGAAGGGUUUUAUGUGGAAAAUAGUGAAGAGAAUAGUGGUGGGCAUAUGAUGGCUAUGACAAUGUAUUUUGGUAAGGGUGAGGCUAAGGAUGGAAUUAGGGUGUUUGGAGUGUAUAGGAGUGAUCAUGUGAAGGAGUCUCAUGUUGCUAUAAUUGGUGGCUUUGGCAAGUAUCAUGGUGCUAAUGGUUAUGCAACUUUGAAGAAAUCAUUUAGAACAAAGUUUGGAGGCAAAUAUAAUAAGUUCAUAGAAUUCAAUGUUUACUUGAGCAAAUAG